AUGUUGGGAACCCCUGGAAGUGUUAGGUUGGCACAAUCUUGGAUCGAUAUUUCAGAAGAUGCGAAGGUUGGAAAAGACAAAAAGCAUGACCGCUUUUGGAUUCGCGUUUUACAUAGGUUCCAUAAAGGAAUGAACCGUGGAGAAUACCAUACAAAACAUCAAGUGUACUCCAAAUGGGGGAAGAUGAACAAGGAAAUCAUGUUGUUUAAUGAUUUGUAUAACAACGUGAACCGUCAAUGGAAAAGUGGAGAAAGCAAUGAAGUGAUUUUGAAAAAAGCGUUGAAAGUGUAUCAAAAAGAAAAUCUGAAGGCUUUCAACAAAACAUCAGACGACCAUAUCGACAGUGGUUCAAAACGCAACAGAACAUCUGAGCCCGACCACACUACAUCAGAUGCUCGUGUUCAAUUUGAUUUGAACGAAGAUGAACAUGUUCCAGUUUCACCACCUUCUCGACUAAUGGGAAGGGACAAAGCAAAAAAACAAAGGCAAAGGCAAAACAUCGGAUUCAGAUGA